CUUUCGGUUUCAUUCUAAUUAUGAAUAAAGAAAUUAAUAAAAUCUUUAGAGCAGAGAAACAGCGAAUGUCUCAACCUAUAUAUCAGAUUCAGACCAUAUCAAGGUGAAAGUAUUGAGAGAAUGGAGGAAAAGCGAGUGAAGAGAAGGAUCGUUUUAGUUCCGGUUCCAGCACAAGGUCAUGUCACUCCUAUUAUGCAACUCGGGAAAGCUCUUCACUCCAAAGGCUUCUCCAUCACCGUCGUUCAGACACAGUAUAAUCGAGUUACCUCUUCCAAAGACUUCUCUGAUUUUCACUUUCUCACCAUCCCAGGUAGUUUAACCGAGUCUGAUCUCAAAAACCUCGGUAUACUCCAGUUUCUGGUGAAGCUCAAUCAAAUCUGUGAGGCGUCUUUCAAGCAAUGCUUAGGUCAACUGCUGAAGGAACAGGGUGACGGUGAUGAGGUUGUUUGUGUUGUCUAUGAUGAGUACAUGCAUUUCUCAAAAGCUGCAGCGAAGGAGUUUCAGCUUCCUAGUGUUGUCUUCAGUACUACGAGUGCUACUGCCUUUCUCUGCCGCUCUGUUUUAGCCAAAGUCAACGCAGAGAGGUUCUUGAUCGACAUGAAAGAUGUUGAAAUGCAAGACAAGCUUUUUCCAGGGUUGCAUCCUCUAAGGUACAAGGAUCUACCAACUUCAGCGUUUGGACCAAUAGAGAGUAUGCUCAGGGUUUACACUCAAACUGUUAACACUGGAACAGCUUCCGCUGUUAUCAUUAACUCAGCGAGCUGUCUUGAAAGCUCUUCUUUGGCACGGUUGCAAGAAGAACUACAAGUUCCAGUAUAUCCCAUUGGUCCGCUUCACAUUGCAGCUUCUGCACCUUCUAGUUUGCUUGAAGAGGACAGAAGCUGCAUCGAGUGGUUGAACUUGCAGAAACCAAGAUCUGUUAUAUACAUAAGCUUAGGGAGCUUAGCUCUAAUGGAAACCAAAGACGCCUUGGAGAUGGCUUGGGGGUUGAGUAAUAGCAACCAACCUUUCUUGUGGGUGAUCAGACCAGGUUCCAUUCCUCCCUCGGAGUGGACAGAGUCCUUACCAGAGGAGUUCAGCAAGUUAGUUUCAGAGAGAGGUUACAUUGUGAAAUGGGCACCGCAGAUGGAAGUUCUCAGACAUCCUGCAGUGGGAGGGUUUUGGAGUCACUGUGGAUGGAACUCGACGCUAGAGAGCAUUGGGGAAGGUGUUCCAAUGAUUUGUAGGCCUUUCACAGGUGAUCAGAAAGUGAAUGCGAGGUACUUAGAGAGAGCUUGGAGAAAUGGGGUUCAGUUGGAGGGGGAGCUGGAUAAAGAAGCUGUGGAGAGAGCUGUGAAGAGGUUGCUUGUGGAUGAAGAAGGAGCAGAAAUGAGGAAGAGUAUUGUUGAUUUGAAAGAGAAACUAGAAGCCUCUGUUAGAAGUGGAGGUUCAUCAUGCAGCUCAUUAGACAACUUUGUUAACUCCUUGAAAACGAAGAAUUUCAUGCAGCAAUGAGAUAAUUCAUUUAGUAUUAUAUAUCAAUUGGCAUAAAGAAAAAGAAAGAACAUUAUUCUAAUUUUUUUUUUGUUCAACCCAUUAUUCUAAUUUCUAUUUGAAGUGUAAUGAUUUGGCAGUUAUCACUAAAUAAAAGAGUUGAAAGGCUUGAGCUUCUC